AUGGAUGAAAACAACGAAAGGAUGAGACUCGACCGCCCCACCCUAACCGCGUCUGCUCGCCGCGAGAGGGAACGAGAGUGUCUAAAAUCUGUGAACCAUGCCAGAAAAACUCACAGUCUUUUUCAGCCACAAGAUAAGUGGUUCCAAAGUGUACUCUGGAACUCCGGUCUUGCAGGUCUUUGUGCUUCCGGGUACAACAUCAUCAGUCAUGGCAUGCAGGCUGCAUUUGCUGAGAGAUAUCAUAGCGAAACGUCAUCUUUCCUCCUGCUCAUUGGUGAGAUGACAGUUACAUUAAAUUUUGUAGCUUGCUUCCUACACCCUCCCUUCAGAGGAAGGUUUCUUGAUCACUCUAAGAUUACCAAGGCUGAUGUAGUGGAGAUAAUGGUCGUUUAUUUGGGAGGUGACCUUGAGGAAGCCUUUCAGCAGUGUAAGAACACAAGGGGUGCACAUGCCAAGUUUUCUUUGUUGGAAAAGUUUUAUAACAAAAACUUUGAGAUAGCCGAAAACCAGGACACCGAUGAUCUUUAG